AUGACAUGCCGUAGGCGGGAGCUCUCCGGUUACCCUGACGACAUGUUUGCCGAUAACCGGGCAUACGUCAAGGUGCCGAACGGCGUCGACCUUUUCAAUGAGCAGAAGGAAUGUCCAGGCGGCAUCAGCUCUCGCGGUGACCACUACAUUUAUUGCUCGCUUUAUUGGAAACACGCUUCCGCGUUCCUUGCCAACUGGGUCAAAGCCUGUCUCUGGUUAAUCACUCUUCCAGAAGUUCACAAUGCAUUUAGAGAUCCUCGGGACAUGCGAUGGUCCACGCUCUGCCGAUGUAAACCAAUAAGCGACAGUCGGCACUCGCCCCAAGAUUCCCAUUCCAUUAGGUGUCGCCGAGACGCGCAAUUUGCAAAUGAAAACAACUUAUUGAAAUUCUUUCGCGGGCCGCAUCCAGCGCGGCCUCGCCUGUUCUCUGCACUCGCUUCAGAUGGCUGA